UCGAGGACGAUUUUAACCCUCCUUUGUGGCUCCGUCUUUUGCCUCGCCUAUAUAAAAUGCGCUGGGGAGAGUAUGCGACGGGACUCCAGACAUCGUGACCCUUUUGCCGAGACGCAUCUCUCCAGUCCAUCCAACAUACACCAUGGCAUCGUCGUUCUUGGCUUUCCCCGUCGUUCUCUCUUUUUUCGUCUAUUCAUCUCCCUCCUUCACGACUCUUAACUUGAUCUUCUUCUAUAUGACAUGGACGACCCUCAUCCUCUCGCACUCACCAUUCAAGGUUGAGGUGGUUGGCACCAUAACCGUGAGACUGCUGUUCUACGUCCUCCCGUCGGCGCUUUUCUAUCUGUUCGACAUCCUCGUCCCUUCCGCCGCUGUGCUGCUGAAGGCGCACGGCGAACAGGGCCUGCCAACGAGAAGCAAGCGAUUCCGAAUCCGGGCCAAGGACUUCAAAGUCAUCGGAUGGUCGCUAUUCAACAUCUCCAUGAGCAUCAUCGUGCAAGGCAUCAUUGAGAGCGUCCGAAUAGGAUACUUCAAAACGCGGAGUGCCCUCAAAGUGUCGUUUUCGAUCCCCUUCUUACCGUGGAGCAUUGGUCUCCACCUCCUCUAUGUUUUGCUACUCAGAGAGACCCUCGCCUACUGCAUCCACCGCUUCGUCCUCCAUAAUACAAAAUAUCGCAUCACGCGCUAUCUCACACGCCUCCAUGAAACCUGGUAUCAUGAGCUCCAUGCGCCCUAUCCCACCACGGCCCAUUACGACCACCCUCUCCCAUACCUUCUACGAAAUACCAUCCCCACAUUGAUCCCGGCGGUGCUAUGCCGCCUCCACAUGAUCACAUACGCCAUAUACUUGACGAUUGUCUCGCUGGAAGAGACCCUCGCUUACUCCGGUUACUCGACUAUGCCGAUGGACUUCCUUCUCCUGGGCGGGAUCGCCCGUAGAGUGGAUCGGCAUUUGAUUAGUUGGCCGGAAGGUAAUUACGGCCCUUGGGGUAUUUUGGAUUGGAUCCUUCAGACUACGAUCCCAGACGAGGGAGGUGAGGUGGUCGAGGUAGUUAGUAGUAAGGGUGAUCGGGCGAUUUGGGAUGACGAGAGAUCGGGAGGAAGUCGUAGAUACUCGAUGACGGAAGACGAGUUGCAGGCGAAGGUGCACAAGGCUUUGGAUCAGCAUGCGAAGAAAACGCAGAGGAAGCACAAGAAAAAGAUGUCCAGUCAUUAAGCUUGGAUAUGAGUUUCCAUUGGAUUGCUGUUGUUGGGAUACGAAGACUGACCAUCACCCGACUGGCUGUUGGUGCACUGCUUGCAUAUGCCCGAGUUGGAUGUAUCAUGUUGGAAAUGUGUAUAUGUUAUCAUGAUAUAAAAUGAGGUUAUGGUAUAUGCUUGCAAUUCGGACUGGGUAUACGGAGUAUAUUGCAGGGCGUUGCAUUCAUUCAGUGGGCUGAGGUGUCCGCAUGAGGCUCAUAGAUCGAUCGCCAUCUUACAUAGUACAUCUUU